AUGUCAAGGGAAAAUACUGCAGAACGAUGCGUGUUUGGUAUUCCUCUAUAUAGUUGGAAACAUUCCUUAUGAUGCCAAAGAAGAAGAUUUGAAAACAUUUUUUGAAAGAAUUGGCCCAGUACUUAGCUUUCGGCUGAUCAGAGAUCGAGAAUCAAAUAAGCCUAGGGGAUAUGGAUUUUGUGAAUUUAAAGAAAAAGAAUAUGCUCGAUCCGCAAUCAGAAACAUGAAUCAAAUUGAGUUUUCUGGGAGAUCUCUAAGGGUGGAUUAUUCUGAAAAGCACAGAAAUGCCCUCUCCUUACCUGAAGGUCCUAAAAUGCAAAACUCUUUGCAAGAUUUAUUUUCAAGACUAACAUCUCAAGAGUCUCUAUAUCUCUUUUCACUAUUACAGCAAUAUGCUUAUCACGAUGAAGAAGAAUUAUACACGAUACUCAAAUCUAGACCCUACUUGCUUUUUGCUUUAUUAAAGCUCAUGUAUAGAAUGAAUAGUGAUUAUUCAUCAUACAUAAUUAAAAUAUGGCGUCUUCGUCUAGGCAUGGCCUCCCGGCCAUGCAGCCUCGACUCAUAUUUUAAUUAUAUCCGGCAAGGUUUUACCAUUUCAGAGAUGGACAGCAAUGCUAGGUAAGCAAUUCUGGUAGCUUUCAGAGCCUAGCCCUAGUCUAUUCUCAGGGGUGGAUUUUUCCUCGUGGGGAAGGAAGGUGCAGGGUUGGAAAGGGGAAGCCCAGCAAAGUCCUCUGGACCAUUCGGGCAACUCCCUAGCGUGAAACUGGGCGUUACGUCCCAGGCUUUGCAUUUUUCCUUUUUGCCGAUAGCCGACCAGAAAAAUCCAUUUUUUGGGUUUUUCGGAAAAGCAACCCAUGUACAAGCAAGUAGCUCAUCCAUGAGCCGUCGAAGACGUGGACAUUUGCCCUAGAAGCACCUUGGCGAUCGAAGCGAGUUUGUCUCCAGCAGGCUGGUGGGCCCGAUGCGACGAAAGGCGAGUGAUAAACCUGGAGUUGUAACCCCGUAGUGGACGUUAAGCGAUAUAAAUUCUAUAAGAUAAGAUUAUUCAUCAUACAGAUCUCACUCUCAAGAAGGAUUGCUUCCGUUACCAAUUGACGAUAUGAUGAUUUACCCAUACUUCCAAAAUAGACCAUUCUAA